UCUUUCCUUCCAGAUGACCACUCCAGGGUGAUUCUCAGCCAAGUGGAUGGAAUCCCAUGCUCAGACUACAUUAAUGCUUCGUACAUAGACGGUUACAAAGAGAAGAACAAAUUCAUCGCUGCUCAAGGCCCCAAACAGGAGACGGUCAAUGACUUCUGGAGGAUGGUCUGGGAGCAGAAGUCGGCAACCAUUGUCAUGCUGACCAACUUGAAAGAAAGAAAAGAGGAGAAAUGCCAUCAGUACUGGCCGGACCAGGGAUGCUGGAUGUAUGGAAACAUCCGGGUCUCUGUGGAAGACUGCAUCGUCCUGGUGGACUACACCAUUCGGAAGUUUUGUAUACAGUCGCAACUCCAUGAUGGCUGCAAAGCCCCACGGCUGGUGACCCAGCUCCACUUCACCAGCUGGCCCGACUUCGGGGUGCCCUUCACCCCCAUUGGGAUGCUGAAGUUUCUGAAAAAAGUGAAAACCCUGAAUCCUUCCCACACAGGGCCCAUCACUGUUCACUGCAGUGCUGGUGUGGGCCGGAUGGGCACCUUCAUCGUCAUCGAUGCCAUCAUAGAUAUGAUGCAUGCUGAGCAAAAGGUCGACGUCUUUGAGUUUGUUUCCAGGAUCCGUAACCAGCGGCCUCAAAUGGUUCAAACUGAUAUGCAGUAUACAUUCAUCUAUCAAGCCUUACUAGAAUACUACCUCUACGGAGACACAGAGCUGGACGUAGCCUCCCUGGAGAAGCAUCUCCAAUCCCUUCACAGCCCCACGGCGCCCUUGGACAAAAUUGGCCUCGAGGAAGAGUUCAGAAAGUUGACAAACGUUCGAAUAAUGAAGGAAAACAUGAGGAUGGGCAACUUGCCGGCAAACAUGAAGAAAGCCCGCGUCAUCCAGAUCAUCCCAUGUAAGGCAGCCCCUGAUGUGGCCCCCUACCACAGGGUUUCAUUAGGCGUGCCCCAACGGGUCGGUCCAGAGCCCGCCAGUCAGAGGUUAGCAGGCUCCUGGAGGCAGAUCUCUGCUGGAAGCUGGACACUCCAGGACCAGCUAUGUGCACAUCUAGGAGGCAUGGCCCACGUGGAGGGCCGCAGGCCUUAGUUAUGGUAGCAUCAGAAAUGUGGCGUUGGGAGGAACCCCAAAGCUCAUCCAAGAUCCCAAAGAGCUCACUCUAAUCAGCAGCUGAAAAUGAGUUAAAUGUCCCUUGCCAAUCUAGUCCUGUGCACCCUGGUAUUAUGGUGCUUAAAAAGAGUCUGAGAUGAGCCCAACCUGCAGGAAAUCACUCUGUAACUGAGGAGACAAGACAGAGUGUGAGGACCUGGGCGCAGAUUCUGACUCUAAUGCUUAAUAACUGUAGGAUCCUGGACAGACCAUUUCCAUUUUCUGGGCCUUUGUUACCUCCUCAGGGAAAUGGAAGGGGUGAACCAAGGAACAUCUGAGUUCCCUUCUAGUUCAAGGUCUCCUGACUACGGCCAGUAACCAAAACAGCCAUCACAAAGGCUUCAUUAGAUAGAGACACACAGCACGUGCACCACAUGUCUCGUGCAGUAUCGACGGUGCAAGAAGGCAUCGUGCGAUUAGGUCCUGGCUGUCUCACGGAGACAGUAAACGUAAGAAAAAUCAGAAAAGGGGGGUGUCACUGUGAGCAGGAGUCAAUAAGAAAGGCUCUGUUGAGGACAGGGGAUCUGGAUGUGCCCUUGAAGGAUGGCUAGGACGUGGCAGGCAGGGAGGGGAAGGGGCAUUCUUGGUAAGAAGUAGAGGGAUUGUUAAGGCGCACGGACAAAAUAGAGUAUAACAGCAAGAAGACAAGCCCAUCCUAGGAGAAGGGAGGGGAGUUCUGUGUAGGGCCAGAUUAUGGAAAUGGGAUAGGCAGUAGGGAGCCACUGGAGGUUGCUGAGCACAGAAGUAGCAUGCUGAAAGCAGAACUGUAAGAAGAUUCGUCCCAUGGUGGGAUGCAGGGGAGAGGCUGCAGGGAGAAAGAAUCUAUGGGAAGGGAGGUGGCGACAAGGCUCCCGUGAGGCAGGGGCCAAUCUGAAAGCAUCAGCAGGGGGAAGCUUGAAGCUGAUUUAAUGUGAGAAGAUCCAAAAUUGGGGGUGGGGUGUGAAUCAAAGAUGACUCCAGCCUAGCAAAUGGGGGGCCCUUGAUAGGAAUGGGAGCUGGAAAAGAAGGAUCAGUCUGGGGAAGAAGAAAUUAGCUACCAGUGGGCCUCUCUGACCUUCAGUUUCUUUGUCUGUAAAAUGAGGGAGAUGGAUGGUAAAGUCCUUUCCACCUCUCAACCCACAAGCCUAUAAGCUGAGCUAUCAAUGAGGGUGGUACCAGCACCUCCCUCCCAGAGUU